AUGCCAGACAUGAAUACACUCUUCGUCGCAGCUGCGACAACCCCAACGGUGCUCUCCGUCGGUCUCUCCCAUUACCUUACCAAAUCGAAACAUCGUGGAAAGCCAACCUAUCACCUGGGUUACCAUCAAGGUCUCGAACUUGUCCGCAAGUUUCUAGUUUACGCCUCUCAUCAGACCGUUGAAGAGCUCCAAGCCUUCACGGCGCAAUAUGUCCCGGUUCCUACGUGGGUUCAUGUUGAAGAAGCUAUGAUUCCUGAUGAACUGCUUGAAGAAGCCGCUGCCAGAAUUGUUGAACAACUUGGAGCCGAUGGCGUCGAACGGGUUGGUGGGAAACGAUGGUGGAAGUGGAGGGUCAAGGAAGUUAAAGGCGAAUGGAUUGAGAUGAGGCGCCAUUACCAUGAGAGGCUUAAGCAUAAAGAAUGGGCUCCUAGGACAAUCUUAUAUGUUCAUGGAGGUGCUUAUUUUUUUGGCUCGGUCGACGAACAUCGUUAUCAGUUGCAGCGACAUGCAAGAAAGAUGAAAGCUAGGGUCUUCGCGCAUAUCGACUGGCUCCGCAGUUUCCGUUUCCAUGUGGUAUGUCUUCAACCCUCGUCUCGUCUUAACUCCUCUGACAAUCGUCUAGGGCUGCAAGACAUACUCGCAUCCUACCUUUACCUUCUGUCCCAACAGGCUGCUUCAACGAUCAUAUUUAUGGGUGACUCGGCUGGGGGUGGGGCCGUUGCUUCGCUUCUAUGCAUAUGCAGGGACCAGGGGAUUCCUCUCCCUGCAGGCUCGAUCCUAAUCAGUCCCUGGGUUGAUCUUACACAUUCCUUCCCCUCUGUCAUUGCGGACAACUCUGGCGAUUACAUCCCCGCCCAUGGGUUUCUUCAUAAAUCUAGUCCUGCAUGGCCGCCACCGACAGACGAAGAUAUCGAAAAGGCGGUAGCGGAAGCUAGUGUUCCAUCGCCAACCGGUGAAGGAACCGAAGGGACGUCAUCACUUACCGCCAAUAUCAAAGAACAGUUGAAGUCUAGCAUUUCUAAAUCCAAAGAUCGGAAAGAAGAAGUUCAAGGUUUUGACAUAAUCCCCCCUUCAACCCCUACACUUCGCAAACAGAGUACCGCCGCAGUUCCCGCAAAAGGUGUAAUAUCAGUUUUGAUAGAAGGCCACGAAGUUCGCAUCAAAGACCAAAUUCAACUUUACACUACAAAUGAACUACUUAGCCACCCACUUGUAUCCCCCGUUUUACAGGGAAGUCUGGGUGGGCUGCCGCCUAUGAUGGUGUUAGUUGGUGGAUCUGAAGUUUUAAGAGACGAGCAGAUUUAUUUUGCACAUAAGGCAGCGAAUCCGAGGAAGUAUCCACCGCCUGGCCAUGUUUCGACGGCGCAACAGCUAGCGGCAUUGAAUAGGUGGAAACAUGGGACGGAUGUCUAUUUACAGGUUUUUGAUGAUUGCUGUCACGUCACCCCGACCCUUUCUUUCACAAAACCGGCGAAGUAUAUGUACCGCUCGAUAGCUAAAUUUGGCGACUGGCUGUUCGCUCGAGACGCCCUUCAAGCGGCUGCUGUACUAGGGAACACAAUCCCAGAUACAGUCGAACCUGCCAACGCAAUCAACCCGCACGAUCCAAAUGGGGUUGCAGAGCCGUUGCCCUCACAGGAAGGUUUACAGAUCACCAGAGCGGAAACUUUGUCUAGGCCCUCCAGCUCAUCUUCAUCUUCAUCUUCUGAAUCAGAUGAAGAGGACGCCAACGACCGUAACCAUAUCUCUAGGAAAAUGACUAACGCGCAACCAGCAGCAUCAACAUAUAACGUCCCGACCUUUACCAAUCAUAUGGUUAGACAGCGAGUUGACCAUAAAGGUAAUAUUCAUACUCUACCGCCAGCUUCGGAACUAGAGUGUAUGCAGUUGCCGAUGGAAGAGAUCGGAUGUAUCAAGCCUGAGCCGGUGAGGCGGUGGAUGGAGGGAAAAAAGGUGUGGGAUGGGAAAUAUGCAAAAGCCAAGAAGAGGGUACAGGAGCGGCGAGCAAAGGAGAUUGCCGAGGGCGGCUAUCUGGAGUUUGAAGAUGAUGGGAGCGGAGUUGCAGAGAAACCACCUGGAAGUGCCCUAGUUGGGAGAAGAAGGAAGGAGGGAGAGACAGUACCCGGACGAAGCUUCAAACCUAGUUAUGGUUUGAAACUGUGGAGCAUGAUCGGAGCAAAACAAGAUGUGAAAACGAUGGAAAUGGAGCAAAAUAAGGAGGGGAAGGAAGGAUCUUUUGGUAUCACUGCUACAGUCCAAGCACCGCCAACUGCCCCUGUUGCCGCAGGUCAUCUUUCAGAGAUGGUGAAAGGGGAAGGCAAUCUUUCGAAUUCUUCUUCAUCAUCUAAUAUUGCUGCCGGGGGCACGACGCAGGGUCAGACUGAUAGAUUGGAGAAGAUUGCGAGCGUGCCAGGCGCGGUGUUGGUUGGCAGCCCGCCGGCGACUCUCGAUGUAAAAGAGCCAUUUGAUAAGCUUGUGAUAGAAAAUCAGGAAACGUUGAACGGAGGAGUAGAGGUUAAAAAUUAA